CUUCCAAGACGGGGAGUAUCACUUUUUCCCAGACUCCCUGAACAAGCGAGAAAAGUUCAGCGUUACACUUAUUUUCUGCCCUGGACGGACCUGAGCUGUUUCCUCAGUGAAGCUCAGAACUGGUACAGAGUCUACAGACAACGCCUGGAGCUUACAAGUGAUGUCGCCCUCCGAGAAGUGGUCACUCUCUCUGCUUGUCAUGCUGCUGGCCAGUGUUUCGCACGAGCUUGACGACAACAAGAUCCCCAGCCUGUGUUCUGGUAGUCCAGGUAUCCCAGGAUCCCCCGGGAUGCACGGCAGCCCCGGUGUGCCAGGGAGGGAUGGCAGAGACGGGCGUGAUGCCCAAGCCGGGGCACCAGGGGAGAAAGGAGACAGGGGGGAACCAGGUCAGACUGGUUCCAGGGGCCUCACUGGGGACCAUGGUGACCCGGGGCCCAAAGGCGAUCAGGGAAAAGAUGGGGAGUGUGCUGUGGCCCCUAAGUCCGCCUUCAGCGCCAAGCUGUCAGACGCCAAGGCGGUACCGGUCGCAGGGAGUGACGCCAUACGAUUCGAUCGGAUCGUGCUAAACGAGCAGGGCGACUACAACGCCGAGACGGGCGUGUUCACCUGCCGAGUCCCGGGAGUGUACUACUUCACCGUCCACGCCACGGUCUACCGCGCCAGCCUGCAGUUCGACCUGAUGAAGAACGGCUUCGCGCUGGCCUCCUAUUUUCAGUUCUUUGGGAACUGGUCCAAACCGGCGUCGCUGUCGGGGGGAACGCUGACGCACCUGAUUCCUGGCGAUAAAGUCUGGGUUCAGAUGGCCCUGGGAGAAUACAACGGCUUCUAUUCCAGUCCCAAAACAGACAGCACCUUCACAGGCUUCUUGGUGUACUCAGACUGGAAAAACUCGGCUGUGUUUGCAUAGCUUAUUGGCUGACAAUUAUGCAUUAUUGUGUCAGUUUAUGUUAUAGCCUAUACUUUGGCACUGAGUGUGAUCAUACAUCUUUGGGUUCUGUUUCAAAGGUACUUGAAAGGCACAAACCAUGAGACUGCAGAAAGCAAAGUAAGGUCAGAAUAAACAUUAUCUGGAGAUAACUCGAGUGAGUUAAUCACUCAACAGCUUUUCAAUUUAAUCAAUGAAAUGCUUUGAUUGCCAUUAUCUUUGUACUGUACAGCUUUUUGUUUACAUCAAGGCCAAAACAUACAGUUCAGUGCUGGGCCAUGGUCAUGUUUGAACACUUUUAUUCACACUUCCUGUUAUGUUCAUGCAGAAAGACAUGUUGAGAGGAUCACUGGUGGUCAGUUAGACAUGCAGGCUGAAGUUGGCUUGGUUCCAUCCCACAGUUAUGCAAGAAGAGACACUGAAAUACUGCUCUGUUUGGCUGCACUCUUGAAAUCGAGCCAAUAAAGCAGUGUUACUCAUUGCGCGGCUCGCAAGCCACAUGCGGCUCGUCAAGCUAUAAUUGGUGGCUCGCAGAUUUCGCCAAAUUUGGUUUUACUCAUUUUGAGUAGGCCUAAACUGUUCGCCAAAGGCCAUCAUCUCUGGCCCCAGCUUGAUAAAAACAAAAGUAGGCUCUGAUUUAGCCUAGUCUACAGUAUGACUUCAACGAGGUGAUCUUAAGUUUCGUUCUGCUUACAGUAUCUCACUGCCACUGCAACGCCUUUGAAUGCAAUCCGCUGCCCUGUUUACAAAUGUUACAGCGGACUUAAACUGCCACCUUGUGGCGAUAAGUUGUAAUACAUUUCACACAGCUGCAUGAAUCACGAAAAGCGCGAAUGAAGUGGCCACUUCUAAAUGGGACUCACUGUAUGUGUUAACAGUCAAUACAUUGUUUCAAAUGUGCUUCAUAAACAUACAAUAUUGCACUACAAAAACGCAAACAUCUGAAUUAUACUUCACCCAAAUACAGUAUUGAAGGUGAAAUGAAGUUAUUAAGCCUUAAUGGUGCUUCCUAAUUGGGGUAUUGUCAAACCUGCUACUACUAAUACUAAAAAUACAGCAUGAAGAAAGUCAAAGACAUGCAUGCCAGCUUCCGCUCAUCCCAGUAUUAAAGUAAAUCUGGUCUUAAAUGAAAAUGUAUUGGCUGUGUUAUUUCUUUUUUGUAGGAUGUCCAAUUUAUAUGUAAAAAUGCACAUUUGCAAAGGUGACUUAGUAUGUUGUCGUAAAAGUGGCUCUCCUUUUGAUUUUGCACUGCCAAUGUGGCUCUUGUGAAAAAAAUAGUGAGGAUCACUGCAAUAAAGCAAUUGAGGGUGGAUGUAUAAUUGCCAGCUGUAAAACCUUAACAAUGUCUGUAAUUCUAAUACUUGGUAGACACAGAGUAGCAUAUGCGAAGCUUCUCUCUCAUUCAACCUGAAAAUUGUGUUCUUCUGUCAAACCAUAUUCUAGUCAGUUCCCUGAUCUUGUUAUUGAAUUCACUACUAAAAUACUGUUUUUACAGCCGAUUCACAAAUGACUUGUCAUAAGAGCUAAUAAAGUGUAGCUAAUAGUA